AUGAGCAAACCACCUUAUCCAGCUGUUGAAAUUGGAAGUGAGUUUUGGCAAGGAUGUGAAAAAGAAGCAGGCUCUUCUAUGUGGAUCUAUGUUUUACUGGGAAAUCUUUUGCGUGGAAUAGGUGAAACUCCUAUCCAGCCUCUGGGAAUUACAUACAUUGAUGAUUAUGCCAUUGAAGAGAACGCUGCCUUAUACAUUGGCUGCGUACAGACACUUGCAAUUAUAGGUCCAAUAUUUGGCUUUCUUCUUGGAUCUCUGUGUGCCAAACUUUAUGUUGACAUUGGCUUUGUAGACCUUGACAGCAUAACGAUAACUCACAAGGAUGUGGAAUGGGUGGGAGCCUGGUGGCUGGGUUACCUAAUAGCAGGUGUUAUCAGUGUUCUGGCUGGUAUUCCCUUCUGGUUCCUGCCCAAGCACCUCCCAAAACCAGAGAGCAGAAAGGACUCCAGCACCUCUUCUGAGCAGUCCAAGUUCAUCACUCAGGAUAACAAAGAGCAACAAAAAUCUUAUCAACCGCAAAUGAAGUUUGCUGAGAUGGCAAAAGACUUCUUGCCAUCACUGAAGAACCUCUUUGGAAAUCCAGUUUAUAGUCUGUAUUUGUGUGCAAGUAUCCUUCACUUCAAUUCUUUAAUUGGCAUGGUGACAUAUAAGCCAAAAUAUAUUGAACAACAGUAUGGGCAAACAUCUUCAAAAACUAAUUUUGUUAUAGGUCUUAUCAACAUUCCUGCUGUGGCCUUUGGCAUAUUCUCUGGGGGACUGAUCAUGAAGAAAUUCAGAAUCAGUGUUUUAGGGGCUGCAAAAAUCUCCCUAGGAUCAUCUUUUUUUGGUUACCUUCUGUUGCUCUCAUUGUUUGCCAUGGGCUGUGAGAACUCAGAUGUAGCCGGACUGACCAUAUCUUACCAUGGGACCAAGCAGAAGGUUGGUUAUGAGCAAGGCCUGUUCUCAGAGUGCAACUUGGGCUGCAUGUGCUCCCAGAAUGACUGGGAUCCUAUUUGUGGAGAGAAUGGCAUCACCUACAUUUCUGCGUGUCUCGCUGGCUGCCAGGCAUCCAACGGCAGUGGGAAAAACACUGUAUUCUUUAACUGCAGCUGUGUAGGGAUUCUGGAAUCUCCAUCAAGAAGCUCCUCAGCUGUGAUGGGACCAUGUCAAAAAGGAAAUGAGUGUCCGAAAAUGUUUCUAUACUUUCUGGUAAUAUCAGUUAUCACUUCAUAUACUUUGUCAGUAGGUGGCACACCAGGAUACAUACUUCUUCUAAGGUAAGCAAUCAUUAUUUCUGCUAACGUUGGCAAAUGUUUUCAAGAUGUUUUGAUGUAUGAAACUGGGUCUCCUUCUAUUCCCUAAUACUGUGAAAUGUUUUCAGCUGUGAGGUAGCUUUCAAAUUAUUUUUUUUUCAUUUAUUAACAGGCAUUCUACCAUUGAUACAGCGUGUUUAUAGUUACAGAUACAAGCUAUAUGUUUUUGAUUUUAAAUAUAAUAUAGGAGGCCUAGCUAUCAUUUAUGUCAAGUUCUGCUUCACUUAAUACCUUUUACUCCACCAGAACAGUGUUAAACAGCCGUGGCAUGAAUGGAAAUGAGCUUUACACAUACCAAUAUGUGCAUGUAUAUGCUUAUAGGUAGUCAGCUUUCCCUGCUUCCUAUGUAUACCAGCAUACACAUACACAGAGGUCACCUAACCCAAACUAUCUACAUGCACUCAGCUCUUCUUCUCAAAUCUGUUGUAUUGUUCCAUAUCA